UUUUAUCGAUGUUCGCAUUAUGGAAACUGAACCUCGUCCAUGCGACUGCAACAGUUUGGAGGACAUGAUGUCAAAUGGUGUUUGAGUGAUCACAGCGAUUUAAUGUCAUAAUGGCAAGGGAAUUAACACUGCAGAACCUGCGGGUUAUCAUGAGACACAUUUUGCGCACAAGUAACACCAAAAGAAAGGAAAUCUGUAUUCAGAAAACUGCCGGCCGUUUAGGAUGUGAAUGUGCAAGGGCGUUAUUCGGACAAAACUGGUCGACGGUUCUUAAAGAACUGUCGGCUAAUUGUAAUCACAAAUUCACAGUGAUCGCAGAAUGUUUUGAGAAACAAUGUAGUUUCUUAGUUGCUCAAAGACUGAAAAGAGCAACUCAAAUUAUGGCUUUUUACAAUAGACUCUAUGGAGAAAAGCUGAUCGAUCAAGUCGGCAGCUCACUUUUGCGUCGUUUUCACAAGAAAUCCUUGUUUUGCGUUCUGGCAGCAACACUCUUCUCGUGGGAAGAGAACAAAAUAGGAGACGAUGUCAUCAACAGGUGUGUGUAUGACAUGGUCCACAUCCAGGAACUGGUCCAAAAAACUCGGAGUCAGGUUGUCGACCAGUCAUGUGAGUGGGAAAAAAUCAUUGACAGACCCCACCUCAUCGUGUGGAGGAGGCCUCUAGAGUUCAACACCAGCUUGUUCCAGUAUAAAGUUUACGGGAAAUUUGAUGACGUUCCUGCAAGAGCCUUCUUCAACACUCAGGUGGAUGUGGAAUUCUGGAAGCAGUGGGACAAGUUGUCUCUCGACAUCAGGAUCAUCGACAAACACGAGAAUAGUGGAUCCGAGGUAGUCCACUGGACACUGAAAUUUCCGUAUCCGAUGUACAGCCGCGACUACCUGUAUGUGAGAAGAUAUACGGUUGACCCCACCAACAAGAUCAUGGCACUAUACAGUCGAACGGUCAGCCAUCCAAUAUGCCCAGUCCAGGACAACAUUGUCCGAGUGACAGAUUACCAGUCAGCUCUAGUCAUCAAACCAUACACCGACUUUGAUGAGAAUGGAUUAGAGUAUGUCCUGACUUACUAUGAUGAUCCUCAGACAACCUUCCCUACGGUGUGCUACAAUUGGAUGGCUACAACAGGUGUGCCCGAGUUCGUAGACAAACUACACAAGGCCUCCAAGAUGAUGCACGAACGCACCCAGAAGGGCUACCGGCCAGAAUACUACCAAAACCAAAACCAGAACUGCCACAGUAGCUUCACACUGAACCAGACACAGUAUGCAUGAUGCCAGCUUAGCUAGACACUAUUUUCAAAUUGCAUUGCUCUCGAUCUUCUCCCUUCAGCUUUAUUUUCUUGGUAAAGUCACAUUGUGAAAAUAUAAACAUUACAUUAUGUUUGUGCAUUGUCAUUUUCACAUCUCUGUCAUCAGAGUAUUAUUUACACCGAAGGUAGUCCCCUUUUGAGUUUAUAUCUUGGAAACUAUUAUCUAAUUUCUGCAUUAUUCUAUAUUCUAUGUCAAAUCUGAUGUAAGUCCUUUCUAUGCAAUGCAUUGAUUCCUAGUGUGUGUAAAGGGCAAUGCUCGCGUAAAAUGCGAUGCUUGCAAGUUUUUGUGGAAGCGAGUAUACCUAUCAGCAUUUAUUUCCAUGAUACGUUACGUUUUGGAUGUUUCGUGUGAAAGUGUAUAUAUGAAUUAAUUCUUUGAAAUGAUUGAACAUUGUUUUCAUUUGCUUUGCCUACUCCGAGAUCGGUGAGCGUAUGACAAGGUCUGGUUUCACCUUGUUCGGACAACUUAAUGAAGAUUGAUGUCCAAAUUGUACAACGCGAUCUCGGAUAAUUAAUGAAUUAAUGACUUUAUUAGGAUUUGUCCUGAAAUGAUUAUGUAUAAAUUAUGUAUUUCCUCAACAGAUCAGUGCACACAAACCCAAAGGGUUUUACUAUCACAAUAUUUGCUUGUUACUUUACAAAAGGAAGUUACCAUGUCAGUUUCUAUUUCCUUGUGUGAAACUGAACUAAUCUAGAUUUGAUAUUAACAUGUUAACUAAUUUAAGAAUGAGCAUUUCUAAAGUCAGUGAUUUGAAUAGUUUUAUAACAAGACAAAUAUACAUCUAGACAUCCUGUGUAUUUCUGUCCUAUUCUGCCUGUACAUGGAGUAUUUAUCAUACCGGUAAUAAUCGAGGAUGGCAUCUGGACAGAUGGACCACUAGACAAUCUUUUUAUACAACUCACAGCAGAGAUGUUUUCAACCACAUGAAUAGUAAAAGAAGAUUCACUAUGCUCAGCAGUUACGGUCUUAGUGUGAAAAUAGCAAUUUUAAGAUGUGAUUCAUCCAGACUCUGAAACGCUCCAGUGUACAGCGAGCUACUGUGAAAAUAUUUGAUAUCCUUUAAUUUCAUUAAUUUUUUCAUCAAUUAUGUGAAAUGAAGUUUUCAAUAUGUAGCUAGACAGACAGGGUAAUUGACUUAAAUAAUUACUAGUCUGUAUGGGGAUAAGGAUUGGUGUAGUGUAUUAACAGAGUCCUAUUCACUGUGUACAGAAAUUGUUGCUAGUUGCAAUUACUGUAUGACUGGAAUAUACUGAUGUAUGUAUAUAGAUGCUGGUGUGCUUAAGGUUAGCUGUGUUAGGUGGAGAGUGGUGUUUGAUUUGAUAUGACAAUACAGUGGAAACUGCUUUGGUCACAUUCAUGCAAUACAUUGUUCAUGCUACAAUAUUUGUAGGAGAGCAUUUUGCAUGGCAAGAAAUGUUGAUGCUUCAGCUAUGUUUCUGGUAACAUUUUGAUGUGAGCAUUUAGGUACUAAAAUCUUUUUUUUUACGUAAAAUUGGUAAUGUUUUUUUUUGCACCUUAUGAUUAUGGAUGUUAUUAAGAUGUCUGGAUGCAACUGAAAUGAUGGUUGGGUUGCUAUUGGAAACCCAAGACUUUUUGUAAUAGUUGUUGUCUACAUUCUCUUCACAACGUUUGAUGGGGAAGUUCUGAUUGUCCAGGGCCCACUUGCACAAAGCGAUCUUAGCGCUAAGAUUACCGUAAGCCUAUGUUAAUGUAUGGGAGUCUUGAUCAUCUUAGCGCUAAGAUUAUCGUAAGCCUAUGUUAAUGUAUGGGAGUUUUGAUCAUCUUUGCGCUAAGAUUAUCGUAAGCCUAUGUUAAUGUAUGGGAGUUUUGAUUAUCUCAGCGCUCAGAUCGCUUUGUGCAAGUGGGGCCAGAGGGGGCUAAAUCUGACUGGAUGAAGUGUGAAGUCAGUUACAUGCCCAGAUCGCAUCCCAUUCCUUGGCCAACACCACCAAACAUGCAGUCAGAUUUAUCCUGUCUAUACACUCAGAAUGUCUCUCUCAAGAGUGGAGUUUUAGGUGAUCUGUGUGUAAGAUGAACCAGAAUUUCAGUCCACAUGCAUUGAUGUCUGCCGAUUUUGGUAUGUUGUAAGUUGUUAGGAAGCAUGUUUUGGCUGAUGUUGUUAUGGAUGCAAUGGUAGCUGGCCACUUCUGGUACCGCUGAUGUUGUUAUGGAUGCAAUGGUAGCUGGCCACUUCUGGUACCACUGGUGAUUGUUGGCAUCAUGUUUUGAUAAAAUAUAUUGGUAUUGAUUAAA